AUGUCAAUGUAUAAUUUUUUAAUGAAGUUUUACUCAACUUAUCCGUUUUCACUAUUUAAUCAAGAGAUGUAUACGAGAUGUAUAUUGAUAUUUGUGGUUGGAAUUCUGCAAUCAUAUCCUGUUUUAUCGUGGAUACCUUUAAAUGGAAGAUACACGAAAUCCAUCCGAAACUACACCCUGACAGUACCACAUCGAAUCAAUUCUCUAGGCGAGUUUGUCUCAUUCGAUCUUCCCCUUCACUUCGAACACAAUCCGAAGAAAUCGCGCAAGAAACGAACGCCGGAAGACUCCGAUUCCAUCCACUAUGGCCUCACCCUAAACGGCAGGUACUAUUUAAUCGACCUGUGGCCCAACCACAACUUCAUCUCCCCCGAUCUGAUGAUCGAACGCCGAGAUCCGAAACUCUGGAAAGACGCCGGAAGAUUGACCAGAUUGGAUCGCUCGAGAAUCUGCCAUUACACCGGAGUAGUUCGAGGCAAAAGGGACUCCAGAGUGGCUCUAUCCACUUGCGACGGUUUGGCUGGUUACGUGAGCUUAGACAACAAGCGGUACUUCGUGGAGCCGAUGGAGCACCAUCAACCCAACGCGGAGGGUCACCAUUUGCACGUGGUGCACCGGGAUCACCACGUGGACAAGAGAGGAGUGCAUUGCGGUACCACUGAUGAUUGGAGAGAGGCCUGGAAGGAGAGCUUCAGGAGGAAAUUGAGCGAAGGUGAUGGCGAGGAGAAGAGAGGUUUGACCAGCGAACACAGGUUCCUGGAAACCCUGGUGGUGGCCGAUAAGAAAUUCCUCACGCAUCACAAGAACAACGACAUCGAAUUGUACAUCAUGACCGUCAUGAAUAUGGUGUCCGAUUUCUAUCACGAUGCCUCCAGCGGCAACCAAAUGGACGUGGUGGUGGUGCGCAUAAUGUACUUGGAAAAAGAAGAGGAGGAAAUCGAUCUGGCGAUCAACGAGAACGCCGAGCGGACGUUGGAGAGCUUCUGCAACUGGCAGGUGAAGAUCAAUCCCAAGGACAUCUCGAAUCCCAAUCAUCACGAUAUCGCUGUGUUGCUGACCAGGUACGAUAUUUGCGCCGAUGAGGGGAAAGAUUGCGGUUUGAUGGGUCUGGCUUACAUAGCUACAGCCUGCACGCAGAACAGAAACUGCGCCAUAAACGAGGAUGGUGGUUUGACGUUGGGAAUUGUAGUAGCCCACGAGAUGGGCCAUGUAAUGGGUUGUGCUCACGAUAAAGAAGGUGAUUCCCCGUGCGCCGCCAAAGACAAGGACGAAUCCUAUUUUCUGAUGGCUCCCUUCGUGCACAUGUACACCACCAAGUGGUCGAGUUGCAGCAGAGGUUUCAUCACUUCGCUCUUUGAGAACAACAUGGGCGAUUGUCUGAACGACGAGCCGGAGGUGUCGAUUUACGCGUACAAAGCGGCAUUGCCUGGAACGAUCUACGAUCCAGAGCAGCAAUGCCAGUUCGUAUUUCCUGGAUCCACUUUAUGCACCCUGGAUGAAUCUAAAUUCUGCGAAAUGUUGCUGUGCAAGACGACGCCGACGGAGUGCACGUCCAAUCGCGAACCGCCCGCUGAUGGUACCAAAUGCGGAUCGAACAAAUGGUGUUUCCAUAAAAAGUGCAUAGAAAUUGGUGAAAGACCGGAGGCGAUCAACGGCGGUUGGGGCUCCUGGGGACCUUACAGUACUUGCUCCAGAACGUGCGGUGGAGGAAUUUCAACGUCUGAAAGAGAAUGCGAUAAUCCUAUUCCUCAGUAUGGUGGAAGGUACUGCUUGGGUGAUCGAAAAAGAUACAAAAUAUGUAACAAAGAUCCAUGUCCUUUGGAAGAGCCGACGUUUCGCGAGCAACAAUGCACUGAACAAAAUCCCAAGCCCUUCAAUGGCAAAUUGCACACUUGGAAACCGUUUUACAAGAAAGGUGAACCUUGCGUGUUGUACUGCAAAAACGAAUUGAACACCUUCGCUAAAUUAGAACCAAGAGUUAAAGACGGCACGCCGUGCAAAGCGGGCACUAAAAAUUUGUGCAUCAACGGAAAUUGCGCGAACGUCGGAUGCGAUUUUCAACUCGAUUCGGACGCAGUCGAAGACGUGUGUGGUAUUUGCAACGGCGACGGCACCCAAUGCAAAAUCGUCGACGAAGUCUACAAAGAUACCGGAGCUCACGAUUAUAAAAAAGUGGCGCUUAUACCGCAAGGUAGCAGGAACGUGAGAAUAGAAGAGCUGGCUCCGUCCACGAAUACGAUAGCAAUCAGCGAUAAAACAGAAAAAACCUUUUACCUCAACGGAGACCAUCGAGAGAACCGAGAUGGUACCAAACUACUCGGCAAAGGCGUCGAAGGAGUCUACGAUCACCCGGAACCCGGCAAAGAAACUCUCAUCAUCCACGGCCCCACCAAAGAGGAUUUGAUAUUCUUCGUGUGCUUCUACGAGCAGGAGAACGUCGGUUACAGAUACAAAUACUCGGAACCGACGGCGGAUUUGAACUACGCCCCGCAGUACCACUGGGAGUUGCUCGAUUGGACCGAUUGCUCGGCGAAAUGCGGCGGAGGAGUGCAGAGCUCCAAGUACGAUUGCGUGGAGGAGAAAGCCGGGAAGGUGAGCUCCACGUUUUGCGCCGGUGAACCCAAACCAGCCCAGCAAACCAAACCCUGCAACGAAAACCCAUGCUCGACCAAAUGGAAGGUGGGUAAAUGGGGCCCGUGCAGGGCUUGCAAGAACCUCUCCGGGCUGCGUACGAGAGAAGUGGAAUGUGUACGAGAGAACCCGAAAGUUGGAGGUGAAGAUAUCCUCGUGGAAGACGAAGAAUGCGAUUUUACCAGACCAGCAUCUAAAGAAUUGUGCGACUCGCCUAAAAAAUGCAAAUCCAGAGAAACCGAUCGAAUACCCCACGAGAUGAUGCGCGAUGUUUGGAACCAAAUCAAAAACGUGCAGAAGAAGAAACGAAGCCAACUGAAUAUCGACAAACUGAUGGAAGCCAUCGAGACCAACACCAUGCCGGAGCCUUGCAAGAAACUCAACAAAACCAUGAAGACCUUCAAGCAAAAAUCGGGCGCUUUGAUUAAAGACAGGAUACCGCAGAGCGAGAUCAACGUGGUGAAGAUACCCUUCAAGCAGUCUCACUCGGCUCUGAACCUGUCUGAUAACGCCUUCGAGACCAUGGGGGAUACAGUGGGGGAUAAAUUAGAUACAGGGGAGGCUGUUAUAGCGACUGGAGCGGAUGCUGCUAAAAUCCUCAAGGAAUUGGGUCACAACGAAGAGGAACGCGAGGAAAUGCUGACUUCGACGAAAAAAUCCGAUGGUGUUUCGACGAUGAUUGCCCAAACUGGUGAAGGUAAAGAUGGUAAGGUUGAUAAGGUUGAUAAGGUUGAUAAGGCAAGUCGUGGUGUUUGAUUUGAUUUUUAUAAUUGUGUAUUUUACAUUAAAUUUAAAUAGAA